GAGAGGGGAGCGAGAUAUGCGAGCGCGCGAGCGAGAUAGGACGACGUGCAUCUUACUUUCUCUAUCGAUCACGGGAUAAAAGCGUGUGCGCUUAGCCUGUGUAAGCACAGCGUGAUACAGAAGAGCAUCGUUGGAAUUGGUUACGUGCCGUCACAAUGGUUGUUUAUAGCUUGUCACCGGAGGUACUCGACGAGCUGCGCACAAAGUUUUAUGCGGACAGCCGUAAUCUGCUGGCGCAGAAUGUUUGCACGAAAACUAAUCCCAUCGAAGCCUGCGUCUCGAGGAAAGUCGUGGAGGAGACACAGCAUGUCUUCACCCAUAAGAUCGAGGCGGAAGGCAAGCCAAUGACCAACCAGAAGAACUCUGGCAGAUGUUGGUUGUUUGCUAUCCUGAAUGUCAUGAGGACCAGCUUCAUGAAGCAUCACAAUUUGGAUGAGUUUGAAUUUAGCCAGGCUUACCUGUUCUUCUGGGAUAAGGUAGAACGUUGCAAUUACUUUUUACAUAACAUCAUAGAGACCGCAAAACGCGGCGAGCCAGUGGAGGGCCGUCUGGUCUCUUUUCUACUAUCUGAUCCCACUUGUGACGGUGGCCAAUGGGAUAUGAUUGUCAAUCUCAUAACCAGGCAUGGUGUUGUCCCGAAGGCCUGUUUUCCCGAGUCCUACAGCUGUGAGUCGAGCGUACGUAUGAACAGUCUGCUGAAGAGCAAGCUGCGUGAAUACGCCAAGGCUCUGAGGGAUUUAAUCGACAAUGGCGCUACCGACGAGGAGCUGAAGGAGCGCUUGAAGGAGCAGAUGGCGGUAAUGUAUCGGAUAAUCGGCAUUUGCCUGGGAAUACCCUCUGAAAAAAUCACAUGGGAGUACUACGACAAAGUGAAGAAUUACAACUGCGUGGGACCCAUCACGCCGCUGAACUUCUACGAGCUCCACGUGAAGCCGUACUUCGACGUGAAUGAUAAAGUGUGCCUGGUGACUGAUCCGCGUCCAAGCAAUCCUUAUGGUAAGCUCUACACUGUGGACUGCCUGGGGAAUGUCGUUAGCGGACGAACCACUCUCUACAAUAACCAACCCGUGGAACUGCUAAUGAAACUGUGUGCCGAGAGCAUAAAAAAUAAUGAACCCGUUUGGUUCGGUUGCGAUGUCAAUAAGAGAUCAAUAGAUAAGCAUGGCAUCCACGAUCUGAGCGCGUACAAUUUCAAGCUGAUGUUUGGCACAGACAUGCACGUCGGGCUCUCCAAGGCCGACAGACUGCUCUUCGGAGACUCCAUGAUGGUGCACGCGAUGGCGUUGACCGCUGUCUCAAUAGACCCUAAAGACGGUAAGAUAAAGAAAUUUCGGAUAGAAAACUCGUGGGGCGAAGAUCACGGGCAGAAAGGCUAUCACGUCGUGAGCACCGACUGGUUCGCCAACUUUGUCUUUGAGGCGGUGGUGGACAAGAAAUAUGUACCUCCAGAUGUGAUGGCAGUGUUUGAUCAGGAGCCGAUCACUCUGCCUGCGUGGGAUCCUAUGGGCACACUCGCUUAUUGAUGAUAGAGUAGAGCUAAUUACAACAUUAUGGCAAAACUUUUUUCGCAUUACGGAGAACAGACUUGAAGCAUACAGGAAAUAUAGUAUUUAAAAAAAAGAGAGAAAGAAGGAAAAGAUAAAAUUCGGGGACAGCGCGAUUGUACAAAAUACCGUUAUUUUAUACCUUGCAAGAGAAUGUUGCAGUAUUGAAAAGGAAGCAAUGGCUUUGUCGUUCAUACGGAUCGCAAGAGCAUUUUGUUUACUACAGUAUACUACAAAGGGUGACGUUUAAGUUAGACCGUCAAGACUGAGUGUAUGAGUUACCAUAUAAUUGAAAUCACGAGGUAAAUAAUUAACGAUUCACGCGUGCCGCUAUUUCCAGAACGUUUGCGCAACGUUAUGUAUUCGCAAAAGAGAGCGAAGAACGUUGAAUCGCAUACUUGACCUUAUGGUAGACAUUAAUGUACCGGACGAUCCUUGCAUCAUGAGUAACCAAAUGGUGGUCGUUUUAACACGUCGUUUAUAACGCAGUAAAACAAAGCAACCUCUCGUGAAACCAAAAAUAAGUAUAGAUUACAGACCACUUUCCGGCGUGUUAUGUACCUUACGACUGGAAUUCUCGCGAUUUAACCGCGUUAAAGCGCGACAUGUAGAGAGGCACUCGUAUCUCUGUGCAUGUUAAUCUUAAGGAUCGCACGUGCACAUGCUACAAGGUAAAAGCAAUAGAACAAUACGGAUAGAUAUGUAAAAUUCAAUAAAAUGAUUUGCCAGAGGAUGAUUAA